AUGGGUCUCUUCGAUAAACUACAAGCCAAACUCGAACUCUACCGCCUCGAACAGCGCUAUGCGCGUCGCAAGCACCGCAGCAACUUCUCCACGGGUGCGCAAUACGUCGACGGCGAAUAUGUCUACACGGGCCCAAGCUCGCCCACGAGUACCGGCUCCUCCAAACAAUCCACUGCUAGCUGGCGCCCAUCAGGAUGGAGCGGCCAGUCCCAGUCAUCCCGAUGA